CGCUAAAAUCCCCAUUCUUAUCAAAGAUUCCCAUGUCAUCUGUUGCUGUUGUGAAUGGUCAGCCCCGUGAUCCGUCAUCAGCUACCUCGAAAGAAAAUAGUCAAACCCCCGGCCCACCGCCACCCAUUACCCCACAAAGUCAAGCAGGACCAACAGUAACUGUCGCGCAGACUUCUCAAGCACAAACAAGUAACCCAUCAGUUCCUCAAACCAAUUCAAUUGCUCAUAGGGAUACCAGAAGAAGCGAGAUAUACCGAUAUUCUGGUCCAAAGCCACUUUUCGCUGCCGCAUGGGCGAAUAAGAACGAUAGGAGGUUCCGCUUGGCGGUAGGUAGUAUUGUGGAGCGUGAGCAAGGAAAUAAUGUAACCCUUAUUGAGUUAGACGAAGCCCUGGGUUCUUUAGUUGAGAGAGGCAGUUUUGGACAUGAAUUUCCUCCAAACCAAAUAGGAUUCAUUCCGGACUUGGAAAACAGGUAUCCUGAUUUGUUAGCCACAAGCGCGGAUUUUCUUCGUUUGUGGAGGAUACAUUCGAAUAAUUCUGUCACAGAGGAAGCCACUUUGAGCAGUAAUAAAUCCUCACAAUUCACUGCUCCCCUCACCAAUUUCGAUUGGAAUGAAGUGGAACCAAGACUGAUAGGUACCUCAAGUAUUGACACCACAUGCACCAUUUACGAUGUUGAGGCACAGCAAGCGGUUGGCUUAAUCCGUCCGAUUUCAUUUAGUGUGAAGACACAGCUAAUUGCUCAUGAUAAGCCUGUGCACGAUAUAGCAUUCAGUCGAAUUUUCAAUGGCAAGGAUAACUUUGCAACUGUUGGAGCUGACGGAAGCGCUCGAAUGUUCGACCUGCGUCAUUUGGAACAUUCAACAAUCGUUUACGAGGAUCCUAUCAAGUUGCCGUUGAUGAGGGUUAUUAUUAUUGACAUUAGAAUGCCUUGCAGUCCUUUAGCGCGUCUUAAGAACCACAAUGGAGCGGUUAAUGGACUCGCAUGGGCUCCGCAUAGCGCCCACCAUAUCUGUACAGCUAGUGAUGACGCACAGGCAUUGAUUUGGGAUCUUCAGAACAUGCCUCGACCAGUAGAAGAUCCAAUACUAGCUUACUCCGCAGGGGGAGAGGUCAAUCAGGUGCACUGGGGUCCUGCACACAAUAAUUGGAUUUGCAUUUGUUUCAACAAGUCGCUUGAAAUUCUUCGAGAAAUUUAUGGUUAUGAUGCUCCAUAUAAUUUGUAUGCAAGUGCAUGGAGUUGUGCUACGGACCCUCAGCGGCGGUUUCGUCUUGCUGUCAGUAGUUUCAUCGAGGAAUACAGUAAUAAGGUUUCAAUUGUACAACUAGACGAGAAUGUAGGUGAAUUAGUUUUGAGGAGUACAUUUGAUCACCCCUACCCUGCCACCAAGUUGAUGUGGAUCCCAGAUGCCAAAGGAACUUAUCCGGACCUGAUCGCUACAAGUGGCGACUACCUAAGGUUGUGGAGGCUAGGAGCUGACAAUAAUGCAAAAAUUGAAACGCUCCUCAACACGAACCGUACGGCUGAGUAUUGUGCUCCGCUGACUUCGUUCGACUGGAACGAGUUAGACCUCAAUCUUAUUGGCACAAGUAGUAUAGAUACAACCUGCACUGUGUGGCAACUUGAGACUGGGCAAGCUAUUGGCACUACCCGAGUCACUGUUGAUGGAUCGGUCCGUACGCAACUCAUUGCUCACGAUAAGGAAGUUUUCGAUAUUUCGUUCAGCAGAGGGAAUAGAGAUAUGUUUGCAAGCGUUGGUGCCGAUGGUAGUGUUCGUUUGUUUGAUCUUCGACAUCUUGAGCACUCCACUAUCAUAUACGAAGAUCCACAGCGAACACCGUUGCUGAGAUUAGGAUGGAAUCGCAAUGAUCACAAUUAUAUAGCAACUUUUGCUUGCGAAAGUAAUGAGGUGAUAAUCUUGGAUAUGCGGAUUCCAUGUCAUCCAGUGGCAAAGUUAGCAAAUCAUCGUGCCCCUAUAAAUGGCUUGUCUUGGGCACCGCACUCCAGUACCCAUAUUUGCACAGCAGCUGAUGAUGCUCAAGCAUUGAUAUGGGAUGUCCAUGAGAUACCAAGACCAAUACUUGAUCCGAUUUUAGCAUAUCAAGCUGCAGGCGAAGUUAACCAAAUACAUUGGUCGACUACGUUCCCUGAUUGGAUUUCGAUUUGUUAUGCGAACCGAUUGGAAAUUUUGCGAGUUUGA